AUGUCUACCCGCGUGAAUCUUGCCAUCCUCCUAGUAUCGACUGCGGUAUACCUUGGGCAAUUAGCACAUGCUUUGCCGUCGCCUCUUGGUAUGAACCCCUUUAAUAUGAAGCAAGCGAAUACGAAAUUGAUUCUGCAAGGAACUCGUGAUGGUUAUGACUACUCUCACCGCACGCCGGUUCAAGGACAUGUUAUCUACUCGAUGAUAUCACUAAUCGGCCUUUGCAUGGUGUCUGGAAUGCUUACCACUCGCGUUAAAACACUUGAGAUCGGUAACUUCAAGCAGCUGAAUUCCAUCCGGGUCCUCGUACUAGCGAUCUACUCCUGCACUCUUGCCUUUAUCUUCUCUGCCGGUCUCCUCAUCAACGCGUGGGACUUUACCACCGAAGGCCGUUGCCGCGCUGCCAUUGAUCUCUGCCUCGUUUUCUACGUUGGUAGCAAGGUCUGCCUAUACCUCUUCCUGGUGGAGCGAGCGCACCAGCUUGUGGCGACAAAGCUUCCAAGACUCCGCGACCCCAUCUACCUUCUCGGAAUCGCCAUCGUAAUCUUCGGCUUCGGUGUGCUAGCUGUCUUUGCCUUCAUCCAUCCGGUCACCUCCCUCUCCCAUAUCGACGGCAAAUGCCGCAUCGGCCUUCCUCUCGUCAUCACCAUUCCCCUCCUAUCUUACGACAUCAUCAUCAACUUCGCCCUCACCUUCGUCUUCGUGAUGCGAGGUGCGCGUCUGGUCAAGAUCCGAAACUUCCGACACGCUCUGCAUUGCAUCGCCAUGGCUCUGCCCUUCCGCAAAGUGCCCGGUCUGCGCGACCCCGUCAUCGCGUGCGAGUUCUUCAUGGGCAGAUCCGGACUGGGCGCCUCCGCCAUCAUCUUGCCGACCAUCGCAAACCUUGUUAUCCUUUUCGCUUUGAACGGACACGAAAACGGUUGGCUCUGCUUCACCAUAUGCACCAUUGACAUCACAUGGAGUGCGUCCAUUAUCCACUGGCUGACAUCCACAAAAGAUGACCUGGGCGCCGGUCCUACACGCGCUCCUGCCGCUGUUGGCCAGGGUGAGGGGGAGUACCAUGAGAUGCGCUGA